AUGGUUGAAGAGAACCAAAAUAAUCAGCGACGACUUCCGGCUUGUGAGAGAUGUCGUACCAGGAAGACUAAGUGUGAUUCGCAGCUCCCAUCAUGCUCCAAUUGUGUAAAGGCUGGGACCGAAUGUAUGAACAAAGAUAAGGUUUUGGGUAAAGCUGUUACUAGAGGUUAUGUUUGGUCUUUAGAAGAGCAUAUUCGGGCUUUUGAAGGAGAGCAAAGUAUUUUUGAAGAACAGAAAGAUAAUAGAGAACGCGUACAUAAACGAACCAGAUUGUCAAGUAAUCAAAAUCGUUCGAAGGAUCAAUCGAUAUUGCCAAUAUCCAGUAGAUCUCCAUCGCCGUCUCAAAUUCAGCGGCAUUCAAGUCUAACAAGUUCUGAAACUGAUCUUUCACCACAUUCUUUGAAUGAAGAUAAUGAAGACUCUGUCCGAGAUACGAUGGAUACAUUGUUCGCAACAACUUUUAAUGGGGGAGAUGCCACACGGGUAAGUGAUAACCUCGACAGUGAAAUCCGACAAUAUUCAAGCUCAUCUUUUAGACAAAGCGCAAGGGAAAUAAAUAUUGAAAAGGAGAACAUGGCUAACGCUAAACUUGGGCGAGAUUUCUUGAAGCAGGGUCGUCGGAACAACUCAAGAAAUAGGAUUACAGAUAUUACUGCUUAUGAUUAUAAUAUACUCACUCGAUUGGCAAAACGAUAUUUUACGUGGAUGAAUAGCGCCCAUCCAGUACUACAUGAAUGUAUGUUUCAUUUUCAACUAGAGAGAUGCCGGAAGAAACCCAAGGAAGCUUCUUUAGUAGACCAUUUUCAGGUACAUAUGGUCAUAGCUAUUUCGCUUGCUUCAAUUCGGCGGCCCCAUCUGUCCAUUUCAGAGAUUGGACGAAUUGCCCAUGAUUUCUGGAAAUCAGCGACAGAACUUCGUGUCCGAGUACUAUUGGGUUAUGGAAUUGAAAAACUUCAAAACAUUUUACUAUUAUUGCAGUAUACUCUAUUGGUUCCCAAGGCAGGAAAUUUGUGGCAACUUUCAGGUUCUGCUAUGAGGUUUGCAACUGAAAUGGGACUCUAUGCUGAACCAAAUCCCUCACAAGAAUUUGAUCCGCUAAGUUUGGACCUUCGUCGGCGUAUAUUCUGGACCUGUUACUGUAUUGAUCGGAUUCUCUCGACGGUGAUGGGAAGACCUAUUGGAAUUCCCGAUUCUUGGAUAUCUGCUAAAUGUCCAGCAUUGGUUGAAGAUAUGCUAGUUACUGUUCGUGGGAUACUUCCUGGUCCUCGAUGCUACCUAAAAGUCGCUCAAAUUCAGCAAAUUCGUAUAUAUCGAUUACAAUCUGAAAUACACCAACGCUUAUACGCACCUGCGAAUCAGGAAAAGUUACCUCAUAAAGAUAUGACUAAUUGGAGUUGGCAAAUGUAUGACCAGCUUAGACUUUGGCGUAGUAGUUUCUGUCUUCCUACUCCAUUAAUAACGAAGGAGUGGACAGAGUUAGAAUUUCAUAUUGCCGUUGUUUUGCUUUUUCGCCCGUCUCCUAAUCGCCCAAAGCUAUCUAAUGAAGCACUACAUGUUGCAUUCCACUCUGCCGGUGAGGUCAUGAAACUAGUGAAAACGAUGCAUAGAGAAUUAUCAGCAGUUUUUUCGUGGCUUACUGUACAAAAUCUCUUCAUGUGUGGGUUAACUUUCGUUAGCUCUUUGAAAGAACUUGCUGAGAGACGAAAUUCACAUCAAUUGUGCAUAUCGUUUGUUGAGAUUUUUCUACAAAUUCAGUCUUGCACUGCAAUGCUUGAAACGUUGUCUGCUUUAGAGGUAGGAGCCAAUGAACGAAUAAGGAAUGCCUUUGAAAUGAUCUCAUCAAAUGUUCUUAAACAUAUUACUAGUAUAGCUCCUUCUUUACCACAACAUGAUAGUCAUGAAAGAUGUAUCUGGAGUCAAAUUGCAAAAUUAGAUAAUCUUUCUGUAUCAAGACCGACACAAAUUGAAGAUAUGUUAAUUCCUGUUCAGGAAUACUCAACAGUUCUUCAAGAAACUAAUAUACAAUUCUGGGAAAGCCGUUCUAAUGGCUAUGGUGAUGAGCAUUACUCUAAACAUGACAUUGAUGCGUCUACAAGUAACGGUAUGCUUGAUUUUCAAAUCGAUAAGGAUUCGUAUACUGUUGUGAAGGGAGACCGUUCCCGUAAUAAUUUAGUUUUCUCAGAUCAACCACAUAGUGUAUCAAAUGAUAAAACUCAGGCUCUUCAGGAUCCAGAUUAUCGGUUAAAUGAAGUAAGUUCAGGUUCCGAUAAUUCUACGCAACCAUUGGCCACGUUUGAAGACCCAAGUAUGGAAAGAUUGGCAGCGAUUUCUAAUGUUGCGGCUGAAGCCGAACCAAUUCGUGAUUUGGACAUAUUACCUGAUUGGUCUGAAGCUAAUUUGGGUGCCGAAUUAGAGCGUUGGUUCCUUUAUCCUUUACCAGAGGCAAGUGAACAAUUUCUUUCAAUCUAA